GACAGUAUAUGUGCAAGUUGUGAAUAAUAUGAAUAAAUCAUGAAAAAUAAGCGGAUACUUUUGACCAUUUUUUGCUGAGAAAUAGAAGUCUCAGAUACCAACAGCGAGAUAAUUUUUGCAUUCUUAUUAAAUUAUAUAAAUUACGAUCAAACAUGCCCAAGCCAAUGAACUUUAUCACGUAAUUGGAAAUCAAUCAGAACGGAAUUUUCAUUUAUUUUUUAUUCUAGUAUAGUAGAAUUGAUAAGAAAUGAAUGUAUACAUCUCAUAAAUGUCAACAAAUACGGGAGGGAGAGAAUCACGUGGAAUUUAUUCCAUUCGUGUUCCAUCUCUCGUCGAGAUAAGUCUAUCCGCAUUUCACCCGUUAUUUUGAUAAAUUCCGAUCAAGCUACUUGAUGAACCAGCUAUGCAACAAGACGUCUCAGUACCCGGAAAAUGGCAACAAUUAGUCUCAACGCUUAUAGUAAAUCUUCCGGCAUUUUUGGUUGGACUCUCAUACGGCUGGUCAUCGACAAUGAUUCCAGGUCUACAGAUCGAAAUGACUUCAGUAUUAGCAGACCCUAUAACCGAGGAUGAAGCCUCUUGGUUAGUUUCAGCAUUGGGUUUUGGACCUCUGUUCGUCAUUCCAUUCUGCGGAAGCUUCUGUGAGCGCUACGGGCGAAGAAUCACCGGCUUCGUCGUAUCUGUUCCUUACAUCGCCAGUUGGCUAUUCAUCCUCUUCGCGGACAAUUUCUACCACAUUCUGGUAGCACAAGCCUUGAAUGGAGCAGCUAACGCUAUGUCCAUCUUCUUUGCUCCACUUUACGUAGCUGAGAGUGUCAGUGACAGUAUUAGAGGACAACUUGGUUCUCUUUUUGUGUUGAACUUAAAAAUUGGUACCGUCUGCGGUUACAUUUUAGGUACUGUACUGUCCUACACAAUGUUCGCAUUAUGUGGUCUAAUUAUACCACUAUUGUACGUGAGUGGACUCUUUGUCCUCCCCGAAACACCAGUUUAUCUAGUCAGAAAGCGACGAUUUGACGAAGCAAUCAGGUCUCUCAUGUGGUUCCGGGGAAAUGAUAAAUCAGCUGUGAACAUUGAACUAGCAAAAUUGUGCGAGUUUCAUAAUCAGAAGAUGGAGAGAGAGUCUGUCGAAAUGAAACAUCUGUUGAGAAGUCGAGGAUUUAUCAAAGGAUUUGUAAUAGCUCUGACAGUGAUACUGUGUCAGCCAGCAUGUGGAAUGAGUAUUUUGCUGUCGUACACCGUCACUAUAUUCAUUAUGGCAAAAAGUUCAGUAGAUCCCAAUCUAGCGACAAUUGCAGUCGGAGUGAUGCAAGUGAUUGGAGUUGGAAUAGCGACAUUGACAACAGAACGUGCUGGAAGACGACCACUUCUCAUGGUGUCCGCUGCUGGUGUUGCCUUGUGCUAUUUUAUUCUGGGAUUAUUCCUAUUAAUUCAGACGUGGGAUUAUGACGUGUCCCUCUUCAAUUGGAUACCUCUAGUAGUGUUAUCCGCAUCCGGUGUUAUUUAUUCCAUUGGCAUGAGUUCCAUUCCGUUCAUAGUUGCCACCGAGGUAUACCAUCCACGUCUAGCGAGCACAUGUCACACCAUCAUUCUGUUCAUCAUGUUCUUAUUCACAGGUUUUAUUAUGAAAACGUUUCCUAUUAUUGUCAAUGCAAUUGGCCUCGACAAAUGCUUCUGCAUGUUUGUCAUACCUUGUGUGUAUAUAUUUUUUUUCACGUGGUUUGUGAUACCGGAGACCAAGGGAAAGAGUAAGAAGACUAUUCUUGAAGAUUUAGACGGAUUGCGGGGGGAAAAUAGUGGAGAAAGUCAUGUAAAAUCUGUGAUUGUACAGUCUUGAGCGACUUAGACAGGAAAAGACACUGUGAUACUAUCCUAUUAGUAAAUAAAUAUGUUGUACCAGUAGAAUCUAUUCACAGAAUAAGCGAUCUGUCACGAAUAUUGAAGUUUAUACUGACAUAAUUAAAUGUGUAUAAAUAGAUAAAUUAUGAGGAGCUCAUCCACCCCUCCCCCAUAUUUUUUUAAUUAAAAAAGGAUUCAGUUAAUAAACUUUAUCAGCAUA